GAAGGAUAGGAGAUUAAAGACUGGUAUCAAAUCUUAUUCUUCACUCCGUUGUUCGUUUUGGUAUCCUAAUGUCACAAUUUUAUUUGAAGAUUAGUUUAUUUUCUUCUCAUUUAUCCAUCAUCCACGUAAACGCCGAUUGCCGGUGCCGCAAAGUGACGAUUUGAAGAAAACAACACAACUAAAUUGAUGAAAUUUUAGGUAGAUCUCAAGACUGAAUAUGGCGAGCCCUCGAACACGGAGAGUGCUAAAAGAUUUGCGUCUAAAAAAUGGAAAUAACAGCUGUUAUGAAUGUGGAACCCAUAAUCCACAGUGGGCAAGUGUUAGCUAUGGAGUAUGGAUUUGUUUAGAAUGCUCCGGGAAACACAGAAGUCUCGGAGUCCAUCUAAGUUUUGUCCGGUCGAUCACAAUGGAUAAAUGGAAGGACAGUGAAUUAGAGAAGAUGAAAGCAGGAGGAAACAACACAGCAAGAGAGUUCAUCAAAGGUCAACCGGACUAUGAUCCUAACUGGUCAUUUCAAGAGAAAUAUAACAGUAAAGCUGCAGCACUCUUCAGAGAUAAGGUUCUGACUGAAGCGAAAGGGGAGAGCUGGUCAGAGGAGACAUCCAAAGCACGCAAUCACAUUCCAUACUCUGCUAAGAAGACAAGCCUCAGCACAUCAUCGAGUUCUAUACACCACUCAAGUAGUUCACCUAACUUCGGUGGAGGAGGAGGAGGAGGGGGGUUUAACUCCGGUGGUGCAAUGGUGUCAGGUGGAGGAGGAUCCGAUGAUUGGGAUAUGCAAUAUGGGAUGUCAAAAUCGGAGAUAAACAAACAGAAGAUGGAUUUCUUUGAUAAAAAGAAAGCAGAGAAUGCAAGUCGUCCUGAUAAUUUACCACCCAGCCAGGGAGGCAAGUAUGCAGGAUUCGGAAGUUCACCGAUGCCACCGCCUGAAUCAUCCUCUGAUCCUAUGGUUUCAUUAUCAUCAGGUUGGGCUUCAUUUACAGUUGGUGCGUCUAAGCUUUUAACAGCAACAAAAGAAGGGGCUGUGAAAUUUGGCUCAGCAGCAUCACAGAAAACCCAGGAGUAUGCUGCUAAGAUGAAUGAUACGGUCAUUAAACCAACCAAAGAGAAAGUCAAUGAAGGGACAUUAUUCACUGAUAUAUCAACAGGAACUAAGAGUAUUGCAUCAAAGGUUGCUGUUAAUACACAAAAAGGCUGGAGUGAUUUUACAAAGAUGUUUAGCGAUAAUCCCUCGCUUGACGAUGAAAAGACAAAAGCAUCAACGGACACACCUCUGAUGGGAGACCCUGUAGCAAAGGCGCAGAGAGAAAAGCUCAGGACUCCAGACGGUGACGGAGAUGAUUGGGGGUGGGGCGUAGAUGAUGGAUGGAGGGAUCGGCAGGUGGAGGAGGAGGCAGAGAGGGUACUGGAGGAGACGGCCGAUGACGGAUGGGGAUCAUGGGGGAAUGAGCAGACAGGAGGAGGAGGAUCUCUUAUCGACUUUGGAGAUGACGACACCACGCCAAAGGUGAACACUUCAAAGACAAAGUCAUCCUCCAAGAAGUCGUCAUCAUCAUCAAGCAAGUCAUCGUCAAAUAAGAAAUCUUCAUCGUCGACGAAGACUGUGGAGGUUAAUAGCGGUAAACCCAUCUCGUCACUAGAAGAGACGUGGGAUGAUGCCGGGGGGUGGGACGAUGCAGCCUGGGAGGAGUUAGAAACCACGUCAAGGUCUAAGAAAGACUGAGACCAGUGAGACCUGUUAACACAAGCAGUAUGGAUUGAUCAUAGAGUUGAUGUACAUGUAUGUGCUGGAUUGCACUUAAUAAUCAAUGCAAUCAAUCGUCAAAAUCAGCCCUAUGAACAAUCACUAUGCUUUGUGAGACAGGGAUAUGGGGACAGGUUUUACAAAAAUUGUCAGCACUGACUGGGUGUCAUUUGAUAGUUGUCAUAGUUACAAUCAGACACCUGUGUUUCUCAGCCAAUCAAAAUCAAGACAAGUUGUCAUAUUGGACAAUUUGUUAGAUGACAAUUGUUGGUGAAACACCUCCCAGGUGGGUGUUUCAUAGAGCUGUUCGUUAGUUACAAACGACUGUAAGAAUGGCUGGUGAUCCUCUCUUUAGUACAAAAUCAACAUCAAUGAAAAAAUGGUGUAUUAUCAUUUACCACAAGAAAGGAUCACCAUUCACCAGUCAUUUGUAAAGUCUCUCGUAGCUUACCAACGGCUUUAUAUAUAUAUAUGAAACACCCACCUGGACCCGUUUCAUAAAGCUUUCCAUAAGUUAAGAACGACUGGUGAUUCUUUAGCACAAAAUCAACAUCAAUGAAAUUAUGUGUAUAUCAUUUACCACGAGAAAGGAUCACCAGUCGUUCUUUAAGUCGCUCUUAACUUACGAACAUCUUUAUGAAACACCCACCAGGACCUCUUAUUGCAAUGAGUUGUGAUUAAUUCAAUAUCAAAACCAUUAUGAGCUCAAAUUGAUACUUUUGGGUAUGUUUACUAAUGAAACAGGAGUUACCUUUCUUAAUUGUAUGGAAUAUAAAAAAAUUAACUUUAGGUCUUGCCAACAAAAUAAUUAUCCAACUUAUGUCAGUUUUCAUCAACAUUGCCAAAAAUUUUGUGGAUGUACAUGACCUAUCAUUUGCAAAUCUUGGAUAAAUUAAGCCCUUCCAUUUGCAAAUCUUGGACAAAUUAAGCCCUUCUGUCGUUCUUCUGUUAAAGAGAAAUUUGAAAAGGACAAUUUGUCUCCUAUUAAUUCUAAGGAUUCUGACUGGCCGAAUCUUCUAAUUCAAAUUAUGGAAACUUGAUGAAAUGUGCGUGCCCAUUCAUAUUGCUGUCCAAAUUACUUCAAUUUUUUUUCAUGUGUCUGCACUAAGAGCACCUCCAUGUAUCUGUCUCACAAGAAUUUGCAUCGUCAUGAGAC